AUGGCAACCAGGCCUCGACACGUUAUAACAAACAACAUGAAUCAAGCCUCAAUUGGAAGAAAAGAUGACGGUCUUGAAGAGGUACAUGCUAAGGUUGUUUAUUUCAUUGAAGUACAUUAUUGCAAACGUGGUAGACAGAAACAAUGGACAGAUUGUUGCAACAGCAUCAACAGUAGAACAUCACUCAAGAACUCACUUGAGUGUGGCCGGUCUUGCAAUGCAAAGGCAGCAGCAGUCGUGGGAGAAGUGUUGGCAAUGCGACUGAAGGUUGUGGGUCUUGAGCAAGGUCGGGGAAAAGGGAUCCAUGUUGAUGUGAACAAGGAGAUUGCAAAGAAAGGUUUCAAGAACCAAACAAAUAUUUGGACCAUUGUAAAUGCCCUUAAGAACAAUGGAGUCAAACUCAAUCUUGAUGACGAUGACAGUGUACAUUAUUGCAAACGUGGUAGACAGAAACAAUGGACAGAUUGUUGCAACAGCAUCAACAGUAGAACAUCACUCAAGAACUCACUUGAGUGUGGCCGGUCUUGCAAUGCAAAGGCAGCAGCAGUCGUGGGAGAAGUGUUGGCAAUGCGACUGAAGGUUGUGGGUCUUGAGCAAGGUCGGGGAAAAGGGAUCCAUGUUGAUGUGAACAAGGAGAUUGCAAAGAAAGGUUUCAAGAACCAAACAAAUAUUUGGACCAUUGUAAAUGCCCUUAAGAACAAUGGAGUCAAACUCAAUCUUGAUGACGAUGACAGUGGUACUUCUCGUCCAACCUAUCAAUGA